AUGGAGGGGAAAAGGGUUAUGGAUUUGAAUGAACUUCCUGUAGAGGCAUAUGAUAUCUUUGAAGAUGUUGUUGAGACAAGAAAUCCUAUGUUUUGUACACAGUUCCUAGCGGUGAUUUCUUCACCCGAUGAGUCAUAUGUUGGAAAGAUGUUUGAUACAAUCAAAGAGGCUAGGCUUUGCUACAAUGAAUAUGCUAGAAGGAAGGGCUUCUCUAUAAGAACCGGAACGUCUAGGAGGUCAGCCAUUACAAUGGAACUUGGCAAGGUCUUGUUUGUGUGCAACAAGGAAGGCAAAGGUAAAAAGAGCAAGGGUGUUGAUGAAGAGAUCACCGAAGUUGAUGAUGUUGAGCUUGGUACCUCUCAAAGUAGUGGUUCUGAUUUGGAUGAACCUAAAGGGAGAAAGGAAAAGUGCAUAGACAUCAAGAGGAAAAGAGAGAAGAUGAAGUACACGAGCUGUAGAGCAAGGAUGUUGAUAAAGUUCAAUGGAAAUAAGUGGUUUGUGAAGCAAUUUAUUGCUGAUCACAACCGUAGCUUAGUGGACAAACCAUCGCUUGCUAAGUUUCUAAGGUCACAUGCCGGAAUACCAAAAGAGGAAGUGGAGUUCCUAAAACUUUUGCAUGAUUGCAAUUUGGAAACGAGCCGGAUGAUGCAACUCAUGUCUGAGCUGUAUGGAUCUGCACAUUCUGUACCUUAUCAUGAGAAGCAUAUCAGGCAUCUUUGGGUUCCUUCCUACUUCUUGGACAGGUUCUAUCCAUUCUUGCAGUCGACACAGCGAAGCGAGAGCUUCAAUGCUGUCCUAAAGAAAUAUGUGAAUCCACAUAACUCCAUACUUGAUUUUGUCCACCAGUACAAGAAAAUCCAGGACAAGACUGAUGUAGCGGAGGAUAAGCAGGACUACAGGACGGACCAGAAGUUGCCUCUACCAUGGUCAAGGUGGAUACCGCAAGAGAAUGCAACAUCUGUAACUGUGUUGCAAGUUAGUGGUCAAAUAGCUACAAUGCCAGAGAAAUCUAAGAGACCAGUUCGCUUUGCAAACCUUGCACACUUAUUCGCAAAGAUUUCUCAGCAGGGUAGUAUGCUAGAUGAGUUGUGUGAGAUUGCUAUCACUCAUGGGCGUGCAAUAGAGGCGGAAUUUGUUGCUCUGAAAAAGGCAAGGAAGAACAAGAAGAAGGUUCAGCAGCAUGGCUGUGCUAUUGAGCAGCAGCAACCAACUCUUGGAGCUUCUACAUCUUCUAUUAUCUCUCCACCUCAAGAACUACGCCAAUGGCAUCUUUCACAACAAAAUGGUGAAGCCUCUGUGGUCUCAAACACAACUGUAUGGCAAGGUCUUAUAGUUGAAUUGGCUGCUCCCCAUGAAAAUACUAUAGUCUUGGAUCCAGACAUUACAAAGACUAAAGGGCGUAUGAGGACAAGGAGAAAGAAGUUAGCACUAGAAGUGCAUUAA